UUGAGGUGGAUGAAGAGACGGAAUAUGCCGCUGAGUGGAGACAUGCCAUCGAAGUGGACACCGGAAUUGCCGUGAAACUAAACGACCUUAACCAUCACCAAACGACAAACCCAUCACUGAUAUUAUUCUUCUUCCCCAAAACUAUACCCUUGUCGUUUAUUCUCUGUGGGUGCCGCCUUUUUCCCAAUUUCCGUUAAUAUCUCUUUUAAUAUCUCUCUCCCUCCGAUUCACACAAACAUGGCUGCGACGACUCUCUCCUCGUCGCUCUUCGCAACCACCACCUUCAAGGCCCCACCACCACAUUCUUCUUCCUUCUCACACAACUUCAAUCUCUGCACUACUCGCCAAUCGCUUCCCAGGGUGCGCGCAACUAUGUUACAAGAUAACGAAGAGAAAGUGAAAGUGAAAGAAUCCUUACCCUCUAAGAUUUCUACUUUUGAUGAUGCCGGUAAAGCCAGUAUGGAGAGUGGGGACUCAACUUCAAGCUCAUCGUCGUCGUCCUUUGAGAAAUUCGUCAUCAAGGUUGAACAAUCAGUCAAUAUCUUUCUCACGGAUUCUGUGAUAAAGAUACUUGAUACUUUGUACCAUGAUCGGGAUUAUGCAAGAUUUUUUGUUCUUGAAACAAUUGCCAGGGUUCCUUAUUUUGCCUUUAUGUCAGUUCUUCACAUGUACGAGAGCUUUGGCUGGUGGAGGCGGGCCGACUAUCUGAAAGUGCAUUUCGCUGAGAGUUGGAAUGAAAUGCAUCAUUUACUCAUCAUGGAAGAGCUAGGGGGGAAUGCAUGGUGGUUUGACCGUUUUCUUGCUCAACAUAUUGCAAUAUUUUAUUAUAUAAUGACUGUUUUUAUGUAUGCGAUAAGCCCAAGAAUGGCAUAUCACUUUUCAGAAUGUGUAGAGAGUCAUGCAUUUGAAACUUAUGACAAAUUUAUCAAGGCUCAAGGAGAGGAUUUGAAAAAACUGCCAGCUCCUGAGGUUGCAGUGAAUUAUUAUACAGGCGGUGAUCUAUAUCUGUUCGAUGAAUUUCAAACGUCCAGAAUUCCAAAUACUAGAAGGCCUAAGAUAGAGAAUCUGUACGACGUAUUUGUAAAUAUCAGAGAUGAUGAAGCGGAACAUUGCAAGACAAUGAAGGCCUGUCAAACGCAUGGGAACCUCCGGUCUCCGCAUUCCGAUUCAGCGGAUGAUGAUGGUGAUGCUGCACUCUCUAACCUUGAAGCAGAUUGCGAAGGAAUAGUAGACUGUUUAAAGAAAUCUGUUACUUCAAAUCCAGCCAAGCUCAAGUAAAAUACACGGCACAAACACACUAAAUACAUAACUCAUUCAUGAAAGGAAAUUAUACGAGGCAAUGAAUAAUUAUUAGAGUUAGUAAAUAGAAAUAGAUUUCCAUCCACAGACACAUUAUGUAUGUAUCCCAUAUAUCUCCAUACUCAAAUGUAUAAUCAUUUUAGUUUUUCCUUUUUCUGCUCAACCGGAUAAUUUAGUUUCUCCUCA